GGAGCCGCACCGCCAUCCAGCCAGGCCGCCCGCCCGUAUCUGCAAUGGCUGACAUUCUCAUUUUCCUCAUUCGCGGCCUGGGCCGGGCCCUGGACCUGCUCUGCUUCCUGCUGGACGUUAAUUUCUGGCUGGUCUCCUCUGUGGUCGCUGCUGUCUCAGGUACCAUGCAUUUGCUGCUGUGUCUGCCCGGUGCCGUGGCGUGUUUGCUCGCCCUGUGCUGCAACCUGCUGGGGCUGCUGGUACUGGGGGCGGCGGAGUUAUCUUAUUGCACCCUGCACUUCGUUCUCAACCUGGUGUGCAGUUUGCUGAGCGUGCUGUUCAGCCUGGCAGAAAGUCUGAAGCUGGUGGGCAACCUGCUUUCUUACCUGAGCCUGAGGGGACGGGAGAUGCUGCAAAGGGGAUUCGCCAACGCUUUCAGCUCUGGUCACCUCUUUCUCAAGCAGGUGUGGGAUGCUGUGGGGAUCCUGGUUAGCCUGUCUGCAUAUUUUGUCAAUACCUUCAUCAACUUGUUCCUCAUUGGAACCCAGAACCUCCUUUCUCUUGUCACAAUGCUGUGGGACCCCUUGGUAAGAGUAUCGGAUGUCUUUGCUUCAAUUCUCACCUAUUUGUCAAGCAGUGUCCUUGGCAAUGUGAUCCUGCUGUGGACACCGUGCCAGUUUGUCAUUGAAGUCCUGAUGUCCCUCACCAAACUGUUGGUUGACAUUUUUCUCCUGAAUCUGUAUGGGUUGGCAAUCACUUUUGUUGUCAUCUCCAUCAUCACAAUAUAUGUAAAUCCAGAGUUAAUAUUGAGGAUUACUAAUCAGAUGACUCUAUACUUGAGCAUUGCACCAAAUCUUCAGUGGAUCAGGAGAAAUAUUGCACAUAUCUGUGGGUUAGUAGUGGCUACUGUGCAGCUGAUGGUCAACUCUGAGAUGUGGCAGCAAAUAUACAGUCAACAACUACAUGGGUUGAACCCUGAUUAUAUCAGUAACUGGCCUCUUGACCAAAGAAGGCAGCACCAGACUGAUCGUAAUGACAACUUGGAGGAUCGAACAUUCACGGACCAACAACUAACUAUCCAGUUAGAACAGCAAAUAGAUCCCAACCCAGCCCAAGGAAAUGGUAACCCUCUAAGGGAGCAACAGUUAACCAUGGCUGAGACAUCUGUAUGUGGACCAGAAGCUGGCAAUGAAUCUUUGUCUUCGGUAGCAAAACCAGCAGGUGGCAAAGACAAUAAUAGCAAUGUUCCUGUGGAAAACAAUCUUUGGAUGCUUUUGAAGGAGCAAGAAGAACGGAAAAAAUGUGUUAUUUGUCAGGAUCAAGCAAAAUCUGUGUUGUUGCUCCCAUGCCGACACUUGUGCCUCUGUCAAGGUUGCACAGCUAUUCUCUUGGAGCAGCCCGUCUACCAACGCAACUGCCCACUUUGCCGCCAGAUGAUCCUACAAACAUUGGAUGUGUAUUUCUGAUUGGCCGUUUGAAUAAGCUUUAAUAGAAAGGGUUUGAUUUGUUAGUGUCUUUAAUUGACCAAUCAUUGAAAUGUUAACUGAACACAUUUUCAAAUUGUUGUGCAAAUCUUUAGCCAUGGGCUUUAGAAUUCAAAUAUGAUUCCCUUUCUUUUUAACCAUGACCAGUACAAGCACUGCUGUAUACGAAUAUUACCUUAAGAGUGUAUGUAUGUAUUACUGGGAAUUGGAAAUCUCGGUUCCAGCACUUUAUUCGGUAACCUGUCCAAGUGAUAACUGAAAACACAAUUGAUUUUUCUCAUGUUCAGUUGUGUGCUUCAGCAUCUGCCAUCUUGGUCACUGGUUUCUAGAGAUGACAGUGAGAAACUGAAACCACGAAUUUCUGACUGCUCAGUGACCAGCAUUGUCUGGUCAACAAAUGCAAGGGUUGGGGGUGGUGGUGGGGGAAACGCCGCAAAAUAAUCAGCUUUGAGAGGCUGGUGCUAUCGAUUCAAUGAUUGUUUAAUAUUUUAGUACAGUGAGCUGUACAGGGUCAGGGCCCAAUGAUCAUAUAUUUCUGGAUUGUCUUUACAAUUUAUCUGAAAUGUAAUUUUCCUUCUUUAAGACAAAUUGUAAAUUAUUUUUACAUGAAUGGCCCUUGGAUUAUCUAUCUGAUAUUUUGGGAACAUUCUCUAAAUUUUUGUUUAUAGAAUGCUGAUGCACCAUCUGAAACACAGUAUACAUUGUGAGCAACGAGGUACAGUAACAAAGUUUGACGUUAACUAGUUUGUUUAAAAAAGCAGCUGAACAGUGUCUCCAAUUAAGGUGUGACACCACAUGAAAAUCUAUCUACAUUUAAGUUUUUUUUUCAUGUUUUUAGUUUUAUUCCUUUAAAUAAUUACAGUAAUUCUUGACCAAAUCUGAAUUGCAGAUUACAAAGGUCAAAGAGAGUUUUACUUCUUUUUUGGGCUUUUUAUUAGUAAUGCUACACACCAAAGAAUAGUGGCACUGUUCAAUGGAUGUCUCCAGACAUUUGAGGCAUUUGGAACUAAAGAUUACUUUAAGAAAUAAAGCUUUGAGGACCAUUUCUCUGUCGACUGGAGUUGGAGUAGUGGAUGGGUUAGUUCUUGGGUCCUGUGCAGACUAACUGAUAAAUGCACUGCUUAAAUUAAACUCAUUCAUUUCUCUCAUACCAAAUGUUUGUCAGUACAGAUCCUGUCUGAAUAUUGCAUGCUUUCUGCUGCACAGAUUUGAAUUUGCUGAGAUGCUGAACUUAAGACUCCUACUACAACAAAUAUUUUUAUAGUAACACAACCUGAAAUAAAUGUUUGUCUUUUAAAUUUA